AUGGACCCGUCGGAAGUAACGGUCCUCGUCGUCGAGGACGACGAGUUCACGCGCAUGGCGACCAUUGACAUCCUCAAGUCCUGUCGCUAUACGGUCUUUGCCGUGGAAAACGGGCAGCAAGCGCUGGACGUGCUCGUGGCGAACCACGCUAAGUUCGAUUUGGUGCUCUGCGACGUUAUGUUGCCGGUCAUGACUGGCAUCGAGCUCUUGGACGAAAUCCAAAAACUUAGCGCAACGUUAGGCCACAUCCCCAUCGUCAUGACGUCCAGCAACGAAGAGAUGGACGUGGUCACGUCGUGUUUGAGCAAAGGCUCGAAGGAUUACCUGAUUAAGCCCAUCCAGGUGAACACGGCCAAGACACUCGUGCGGCACGUGUGGCUCAGUCGCCGCUUGGAACGGACGUCGAAUCGCAGCAUGUGGCAGGACAUUGAGAUCAUUCGGACCAUUGGAAAAGGCACGCACGGUACGGUUGUGCUCGCGCGGCGGAAACUGGACGGAGCUGUUGUUGCAGUGAAGCGCGUGCGCAUUUCGCAGAUCUCGGAAAACGGACGGAAACAAGCGGACAAUGAAGUGAUUCUGCUCAAGUCGCUCUACCACGUGAACAUUGUGCGCUUUUACGACCACUUUCUAGCCGACGACGAGCUCAAUAUCGUCAUGGAGUACUCGGACGGCGGCAACUUGCGUCAACUGGUGAAGCUGCGCGCACGGGAGAAAAUGGGUCCGUUCCCCGAGCCAGUGAUUAUGAGCUGGUUUGCACAAUUGGUGCUUGCAGUGGCGUACAUUCACGGCAAGAACGUGCUGCAUCGCGACUUGAAAGCACAGAACGUGUUCCUCACGCACAAGAACGUGGUGAAACUUGGCGAUUUUGGCAUUUCGAAAGCCUUGGCAGGAGACGAUACGGCGAAUACGGCAUGUGGUACACCUGAGAGCAUGUCGCCGGAAAUCUGUCGCGGCGAACCGUACGGCAAGAAGUCGGACAUUUGGUCCCUUGGAUGCAUCUUGUACGAGAUGAUCAUGCUACGACGUCCGUUCGAGGCGUCUACGCUUCCUGAAAUUUUCACGAAAAUCUGCAGGGGCGAGUUUCCAUCUAUCUUUCCGUCGUUCUCGCGCGAACUACGUCUCCUGGUGCAGCUGAUGCUGCAACAAGAUGCGUCGAAGCGCCCGUCAAUUGAAGACAUUUGUCGAUUUCCAUUCGUGCAAGCGCCUAUUCAAGCGUUCCUAUCCGAGCACGUGUCGGAAUUCCAGGAGGCGCUAGAACUUGAGGCCAAGUUGCACCAGCCUUCUCUGUACAGCAUGGGUGCCGGCAAUCCACCCGUGUCGCCCGUGUCACCUAGCCUGCGUCGCCGCAAUCAUAACAAUGGCAGCGAAACGUCAACAAGCGGUUUUGGCGACUCGGUUCUUGAAUCAGGCUCGCCUGUAUCCACCCGUAGCGAUGGCUCGGUAAAUGCUGGGCUCAACAAUGGAAAGCUGCGCACCUCAGCAAUUGCCUCGGUUGCUGUCGGCCUUGCGUCUGAGCCUGUCGUUCAUCCUGGUGCCCGUCCUCAGCAGAAGAGCGAUUUGCCGAAGAUCUCGGCGGAUUCUCCUGGAUACGUGGAGGAUACGUUUGCUGACAAGCUGCGAGCCCAGAUAACUGUCGGGAACAUUCGUGCCGGACUUUUGACUACGUACACGGCCUGUAUCGCCGCGGAUGAGCUCGUCCGCACCCUGACGCAAAAGUUCGAGAAGACUGCUGAGCAGGCCACUGCAAUUUUGUCAGAGUAUCUGAAGAAUCGUGUGCUCAAUGCUGUGUUUGCGGAAGAUAUGUUGUACCCAGACUUGUCGUCGCCAAACACGUACUUGCGCUUUCAAGUCGAUGAGCUGUUUGUCCCGCUCAAUAUGAAGUACGUGUGUGUCGAAGAUGUUCGACAGAGCGCCAUGGAAGUAUGUCUACGCGUUUGUGAAGCGAUUGCCGAAUUGCACGCGCUCAAGUCGUUUCCUCGCGGAAUCGCUACUGGAUUUAGCUUGUCAACGCACUUGUCCGUGUCAGGAAACAGAGCUGCCGUGUACUUCGAUGCCCCGCUGUGUCAAAAGUAUCGUCGCUUCCUGAAGCUUGCGUCGAAGUUGCAGAGAGUGGACGUUGGCAGCCUUCCCAAGCACGAGCGUCAGCCGUUUUUCAUCAACAUAUACAACGUCAUGGUGCUUCACGGCCUCAUCGAGUUUGGUGUGCCGCAGAACAUCGGCCAGUACAAGGCUUUUGAGCGGGACGUGGCAUACACGAUUGGCGGUCUAGACUUUACGUUGGGCGACAUCAAGCACGGCAUUUUGCGAUGCAACCGCAAGCCGCCGUCAAACUACUGGGAACGACAGCUGCAAGCCCAGGACCCGAAGCUGCAGUACCGACUGCACAUUCGCGAUCCUCGCUCGCUGUUGGUGCUGAUCGACUGCGCCGAACCUCUGCCUAACGCCGAGGAUGUCCCGAUCCUAAAACCUGGGCGUACGGACACGGACCUGGAGGAACAAGCGGAAAGGUUUUGUAAGCGCUUGGUCGAAAUCAAUCAGGCCACCGGGGAAAUCGUGCUGCCGCGUGUGCUUCGUAUCUUUCGUGAUGAUUUUGGGUCUUCCGAAGCUGAAAUGGUGUCGUGGCUGGAGCAGUACAUGGAUAACGCGCCAGCUAACCUCGUGAACUAUCGCGUAAGGUAUCAGACUGGCAUUUCGUCGUGA